GGGAGGCGCCUGCCGCCUGCGACGGGCCCGGCCUCAGCAAGCAGGAGUGUCCGGCCAAGUCAAGCGGCGGCAGGCGCUGGACCUGCAGGAUGUGAUGGAGCUCUUAGAGGAAGAUCUCACCUGUCCCAUUUGUUGUGGCUUGUUUGAAGAUCCUCGGGUUUUACCUUGUUCUCACAACUUUUGCAAGAAGUGUUUGGAGGGGAUCCUAGAGGGAAAUGUCCGGAGUGUGGUUUGGAGACCACCUCCACUUUUCAAGUGUCCUACCUGCCGGAAGGAAACUCCUGUUACAGGAAUCAACAAUUUACAAGUCAACUACUCCCUGAAAGGUAUUGUGGAGAAGUAUAACAAAAUAAAAGUAACUCCCAAAAUGCCUAUGUGUAAGGUGCACAGCGGGCAGCCCCUGAACAUUUUCUGCCAGACAGAUAUGCAGCUGAUAUGUGGUGUCUGUGCCACUCGAGGUGACCACACAAAGCACAUAUUUUGCUCCAUUGAAGAUGCCUAUUCACAGGAGAAGCGUGCUUUUGAAACCCUGUUUCAGGGCUUUGAAACAUGGCGUUGUGGGGAUGCGCUCUCCCGACUAGACACCUUGGAAACAAGCAAGAGGAAAGCGCUGCAGAUUCUGACAAAAGACUCGGACAAAGUGAAAGAGUUCUUUGAGAAGCUGCAGCACACACUGGAGCAGAAAAGAAAUGAGAUUCUGUCUGACUUUGAGACCAUGAAGCUUGCAGUGAUGCAGGCCUAUGACCCAGAAAUCAAUAAACUGAACACAAUUCUACAAGAGCAACGAAUGGCUUUUAACAUUGCAGAAGCUUUUAAGGAUGUGUCUGAGCCCAUUAUAUUUCUGCAACAGAUGCAGGAGUUCAGGGAAAAAAUCAAAGUGAUCAAGGAAACCCCUCUGCCUUGUUCCAGUGUAGACCUCAAUCUCACAAUAAAGAACUUCGAUACCAGCCAGUGGGAUGGUAUAAAACUAGUAGAUGUGGACAAGCUUUCUUUACCUCAGGAAAACAGCUUGCUUAAUUUCAAGAUUUCCUCAGUCUUUUUACACAAAUUUAUAGUGACUUCUCUGAUUUGCUUAUUUAUCCUUGAAGCCACCAGAAUGACCUUUGUGGAAUCUAUCUUUGACAAUCUUCAGUGCUGGAAAACUCAACUCUUUACAAUUGGCUCAUCCUAUCUGGCAGACACUGCGGAGAUAGCUGACCAUGCCAUGUUUUACUGGGAGCAAAUGACAGAUGGAGCUUCACUUCUAAGUGAAAAGUGCAAAAAUUAUACACUAGUGGUAUUGGAUAAUGUUGCACAAUUUGUGUGCAAAUAUAAACUGUUAUAAUGUCCACUACCAAAGCACAAAUUCA